AUGUUUGAAGCCAAACUAGCUAAUGCAAAUUUACUGAAGAAAAUUGUUGAUGCAGUAAAGGAUCUUGUUACUGAUGCUCCGUUCGAUUGUACUGAAAGUGCAGUAUCUCUUCAGGCGAUGGAUUCAUCACACGUAGCCUUGGUAUCAUUAAAUUUGGCUUCAACUUUGUUUGAAACAUACAGGUGUGAUCGAACUAUUAACCUAGGAAUGAGUUUUACUAACAUGGCUAAAGCUUUAAAGUGUGCUAAUAAUGAAGAUACAUGUAUGAUACGUUAUGAUGAGGACGACAACGUCGUUUUUGCUUUUGAGGAUACCAAACGAGGUAAGACGCAAGAAGUAACUGUAAGAAUGAUGGAUAUUGAUAGUGAGCAUUUGGGAAUUCCAGAACAAGAACAUUCUGCUGUCAUUACUAUGCCAUCAUCUGACUUCCAGAAAACUUGCCGAGACCUAGCAAUGUUCUCGGACACGGUAACAAUCACAGCAACGAAAGCUGGGGUUGGGUUUACUGGCAAAGGCGAAACAGGAUCUUCCGUUGUUAACUUCGCUCCUAUUGGCAGCGCAGAUGAUGAGAACUCGGUUUUGCUAAAGGUUAGUGAUCCUGUGUGUGUUAACUUUUCAAUCAAAUAUAUGAACCAUUUUACGAAGGCAACUAACCUUUCAAAUAAGGUUAAACUCUCACUGACUAACGAGCUACCAAUUGUAGUGGAGUACCCCAUUGAUGAAGAUGGCACAAGCUACCUUCGUUUCUUUUUAGCACCGAAGAUUCAAGAAGAUGAAGAUGCAAUGAAUGAGUGA